UCUGUGCAAAGGGGUCAAAUCUCCUUCGUCUUAUCUGUCCCUUCAAGUUUCUGAUUUUCCCUUUUAACUGCUUUAAUCCAAAUACAUCAUGGCAUUCUCCCAAGUCUCCAUCAAGAAGCAGCAAAUUGUUAGUGGUGGUGGUGGUGGAAGAGUGGGGUUUAGCGCAUGCUCGCUUGGAGGAGGAGGAGGAGGAUCUCGGGCUGGAGGCAACUUUGGGUCACGCAGUCUUUAUAGCCUUGGUGGAAAAUUAAGAACUUCCAUAAGCGCAGCCAGUGCUCGGACAGGAGGACUUGGUGGUGCUGGUGGCUUUGGAGGUGGACAAGGUGGUGGCUUCGGAGGUGGACAAGGUGGUGGCUUCGGAGGUGGACAAGGUGGUGGCUUUGGUGGCGCAGGGGGCAUGGGUGGAUUUGGAGGCAUUGAUGGAGGGGAUAUGGGAUUCCCUGUUUGCCCACCUGGUGGAAUCCAGAAUGUUACCAUCAAUACACAACUUCUGCAACCACUUGAUCUGGCUAUAGAUCCAGCAAUCCAGAAAGUAAAAGCAGAGGAAAGAGAACAAAUAAAAACUCUCAACAACAAGUUUGCUAUGUUCAUUGACAAGGUCAGAUUUCUGGAACAGCAAAACAAAGUCUUGGAAACAAAAUGGAAACUGUUGCAACAACAGAGUCCUCAAAGCAGCACCAAAAAAGUCAACCUAGAGCCCCUGUUUCAGAAAUACAUUGGUGACCUGAAGAAAUAUUUAGAUAGUUUAAUAAGUGAAAAGAGCCGAUUGGAGCAGGAACUGAAGAAUCUCCAAGUUCUUGUAGAGGAUUAUAAGAAAAAAUAUGAAGAUGAAAUUAACAAGCGUACAAAAGCAGAAAACGAUUUUGUGGUACUCAAGAAGGAUGUCGAUGCUGCCUACAUGAUCAAAACUGAACUUGAGGCCAAGGUGGAUACAGUGACAAGUUACAUCAACUUCUUAAGAACUCUUUAUGCUGCGGAAUUGUCACAGGUACACGAUCAAGUCACCGACACCUCAGUUGUUCUGACUAUGGAUAACAACCGCGACUUGAACCUGGAUGGUAUCAUUAAAGAUGUUAAAGCUCAAUAUGAACUAUGUGCACAAAGAAGCAAAAUGGAAGCUGAACAAUUAUUUGAUAAUAAGUACAAGCAGCUACAGCAAACAGUUGAAGGACAUGGUGACAGCAUAAAGAAUUCCAAGAGUGAAAUAUCAGAAUUGAACCGUAAGAUUCAGAGACUGAAGGCUGAAAUUGAAAAUGUCAAGAAGCAGAUUGCAGCUCUGAAUCAAUCCAUUGUUGGAGCUGAAGAACGUGGGAACCUUACUCUCAAGGAUGCAGAAAAGAAACUUCAGGAUCUUGAAGCUGCUGAAAAGAAACUUAAAGAGGACAUGGCUCGUCAACUUAAAGAAUACCAAGAACUUCUGUCUGCUAAGCUUGCUCUGGACAUGGAAAUUAGCACUUACAGAUACAUGCUGGAAGGAGAAGAGGACAGGAUGUCUGGAGAGAUUACCAGCAGUUUCAGCAUAUCUGUAGUCAGCGGAGGUUCAAGUGUAUACAAUGCUCUUGGCGGUUCAGGAGGCGGAAUGGGAAGUGGCGGCAUGGGAUCUGGUCAUGGUGGUGGUGGAUAUGGCCAUGGAGGUGGCCAUGGAGGUGGCCAUGGAGGUGGCCAAGGAAGUUGCCAUGGAGGUGGCUAUGGAGGUGGAUACGAAAGUGGCCAUUCUGGAAAAACCUCAGUUGCAGUUGCAUCAACAACAUCUACAACCAAAAGAAGCUACUAAUUUAGAGCAGCAGUAGCCAGACCUUAAAGUCAUAUAUCACUACAUCUUUGCCUAACUAAUGGAACCUUGACUAGUAUGUAAUGAUUGUGUCAUCUAUAAUUGUUUGAAUUCCCAUCAUAAAUAUCAGAGAAACCAGUGUUUGCAACACAGUACUUCCUUAUAACACAGUCAUGCCUUUGUGUAUUCUGCCAUAUAUUCUCAUUGAAAAGAAGCUAAGAAUGCCAUCAAGUUUAGAUAAAAAGAACUCACUUUUUGUGAAACAGAUGAACAACACAAGAGCAACUUAUCAUGCAGAUAUCUCGGGCAUUGGUUUGGGAGUAACUGUGAAUCUCUAUCCUAGUGAGUUCAGAAGAUAUUUACUAAUGAGAGGGGUCAUUAUAGCUUUUAGUUCUGGAAACUCCUGCUUAAUAUUUAUCUAAAAGGAGAGGGACUCUUGGGUGUUUGUACAUAGUAUACUUCUAAAGCAUUGCUGCAUUUUGAGAAGCCAUCCUAAAACUUCUUUCCUUUUCUUUGUAUCUUCAAUAAACUGCAUUUGGAUCUCAA